AGUUAUUUCACUACGGUAGAGCUGCAAUCUCGCGAGAGAACACGAGAACGCAAACCGCUAGCAACCGCGCUAGCCAAUUUCGUUUUUUCGUGUUUGAAAAUUUAUACCGUACUGCAGUGGCUACAAUGUCCGGAGGAACAAACCUCGGCUUUCCGGGGAUAAACCAAGCGUUGGCACAUCGCAAAAAAGACAGUAGUCCCUCUGCUCGGUUCUGGGAGAGUCCGGACACUUUAACCCAGCUGGAGGUGGUGCGACAGUGGAUCGGGAAGCACUACAAAAAGUAUGUGCUGGUGGAUGCUCCAUCUUGUCAGGUGCUGGCUGCAGUCACCUUGCAGCUUCUCCAGUUCCAGGAGGAUGCCUUUGGCAGACAAGCUCCCAACCCUGCGCUUACAAAGCUUCCAGCACAUUGCUUCCUGGACUUGCAACCAGGCGGUGGACUCUGCCACAUCCUCGGCACUGCUUACAAAUUCAAGGUUGAACAGGGCUGGAGAAGGUUUGACCUGCAGAAUCCAUCAAGAACUGAGAGAAACGUCGAGAUGUUUGGUGUGAUUGAAAAAGCUUUAAUCCAGAACAACUGUGUCUCCAUCCCUGUUGUAUUUAUUGACCCUACUGUUGACCUGGAGCUGUCCAGCAGACUCACUGGCAUCAUCAUCAAACACAAGGGUGCAAUUACUGAGGACAGUAUAAUGGCCACUCAUCACAUAUACGACUCACUUGCUUCUACAGAGGAGGAUGAGUGGAUGCGUCCUGUUAUGCGAAAGGAUAAACAUGUUUUGGUCCACUGGGGCAUGCACCCUGACAGUUAUGACAGCUGGCUGUCCUCAAGUGAUGUGGAAGGAGACGUCGAAGACGUGCCGCACGUCGAAAGGCCAUGGAGGGUUCAUGCUGGUUGGGUUCUGGACACAGACGUGUUUAAUGAGUGGAUGAAUGAGGAGGACUAUUGUGUAAAUGAGAGGAAUCUGCCGUUCAUCCUUCGACAGCGAAUCCACCUACAAGAAGAUCAGGACUCCAAGUCCACUCCAUUCAAAAAGAGAAGACGCUCACCCUCCCCUUCCACUGAUGGCAGAAAAAAAGGAAAGAAAGGGAGAAGGCGUGGCCAACAGGAAGAGGAGCCAGAAGAAGACCUGACCAAAGACAUGGAGGACCCAACGCCUGUGCCAAAUAUGGAAGUAGUCACUCUACCCAAGAAUGUGAACCUAAAGAAAGAUAGUGAGAAUACGCCAGUGAAGGGAGGCAUCAUGGCUGACCUUGAUGAUCAGGAAGAUGACUUUCCUGGAAGGGAAGAAGAUGAGGGAAGAAGUGAGAUCCCUCGCUUAUCAGAGGGAGAGGACAAUAUCACUGAACAAACUCAUCAUAUCAUAAUCCCAAGCUACACAUCAUGGUUCAAUUAUAACAGCAUUCACUCGAUAGAGAAACGUGCUCUUCCUGAAUUCUUCAACGGAAAGAACAAAUCGAAAACUCCUGAAAUCUUCCUGGCGUAUCGUAACUUCAUGAUCGACACGUACCGACUCAACCCCCAGGACUACCUCAGCUCAACGUCCUGCAGGCGCAAUCUCACUGGAGACGUCUGUGCCCUUAUAAGGGUUCAUGCCUUUUUAGAACAGUGGGGUUUGAUCAACUACCAAGUGGAUGCAGAGAGCCGACCCCUCCCUAUGGGACCUCCUCCAACCCCUCAUUUCAAUGUCCUGGCCGACACGCCAUCCGGACUGGCACCCCUGCAGCACAAACCCCUUCAGGUGUCCGCCUCACAGCACAUGUUGAAUUUCCCAGAGAAGAGCAGAGAGAAACCUUUGGACUACCAGAACUUUGGUCUGCGCACCGACAUCUAUGCCAGGAAACACCCAAAGACUAAAGGAGCAAAUGCAGGACGAGAAUGGACAGAGCAGGAGACAUUGUUACUGUUGGAGGCCUUAGAAGUGUACAGGGACGACUGGAACAAAGUAUCAGAGCACGUGGGCUCCAGAACGCAGGAUGAAUGCAUCCUACACUUUCUACGUUUGCCCAUCGAGGACCCUUACCUGGAGGACUCGUCGGCCUCUCUGGGGCCGCUGGCGUAUCAGCCUGUGCCUUUUAGCCAAUCGGAAAACCCCGUCAUGAGCACUGUGGCCUUCCUGGCGUCUGUGGUAGAUCCCCGUGUGGCGUCAGCCGCAGCGAAGGCGGCGCUGGAGGAGUUCUCCAGAGCACAGGAAGACUCGCUGUAUAAAACCUCUGAUCCAUCCAACCAUCCAGAACAAACAGAUGCAGCGGAAGCGGAAAGUCUUGACUCCAGCUCCCAUCAGGUUCCUGUGAGGCUAGACGGAGUCAAGAUGGAGCCUGGUGUGCCAAAAGUGGACGGAGAUCAAGUUAAAAGAGAACAUAGUGAAAGUAUUCUGACGGAGGAGGGUGAUGUCAGGGGGGAGGAUUGUGAGAACAGGGGAGAAGGGGACGAUGGGACGAGAGGGAUGGAGCUGGACCUGGUGGAGGGAAGCGUUCCCAUGGCAGCAGCAGCAGCUCUGUCAUCUGCUGCCUCAAAGGCCAAGCACUUAGCAGCAGUAGAAGAGAGGAAGAUCAAGUCUCUGGUGGCUCUACUGGUGGAGACGCAGAUGAAGAAGCUGGAGAUCAAACUGAGACAUUUUGAAGAGCUGGAAACCAUCAUGGACAGAGAGAAGGAGGCUCUGGAGCAGCAGCGCCAACAGCUGCUGACAGAGAGGCAGACUUUCCAUACUGAGCAGCUGCAACAGGCAGAGAUGAAGGUUCGCCAGCAGAGGGAGCAGCAGGGCCAGCCGGGUUACACAAUGCAACAUUCAGGUCAGCCUGUGGCCAACAGGAUGGUACCUGGAGGAAACGGUCAGACGAUGGCCCCUCGUCUCCCCGGAGCUCCAAAUGGGAUGUACCCGUCGUCACAGCCUGAUGGGAUAGCGUCUGCUCAGCCCACUCCUCCGUCAUCCAGUCACAGCUGAACUGACCAGCAUACAAGACGCACAUAAAAGAAGUCUGCUUUAAUAAAGAAGGAUGACUAGAUUAAGUGUUCAAGUCAAUUGUUGGUAGUCCAUUGUUUCUAGACUGAAAACUUUGUGAGCACAUAAACCCAGCUGAUGUGUAUUUGGUCAUCAGUUGAGUUUGUCUUAUAUUUGUGAAAUAAUUGUUCUCUGGCAUCAAGAGUUGAGAAACUCGACUCAUUAAAGUUGCUUUUUUUAAUGAA